AUGGCAGAAGUUGAACAAUUUUCAUUUCAAGCUGAAAUUUCUCAGCUUAUGUCUAUAAUUAUAAAUACAUUUUAUUCAAAUAAAGAAAUUUUCCUUCGUGAAUUGAUUUCUAAUGCAUCUGAUGCCUUGGAUAAAAUUCGAUAUGAAUCGCUUACAGAUCCAUCAAAACUUGAAACAGGGAAUGAACUUUAUAUCAAAAUUAUUCCGGAUAAAGAAAAUAAAACUCUUUCCAUUAGAGACACUGGUAUCGGCACUAAAGCAUUUAUGGAAGCUCUCCAAUCUGGUGCUGAUAUAUCAAUGAUUGGUCAAUUUGGUGUUGGUUUCUAUUCUGCUUAUUUGGUAGCUGAUCGUGUCCAAGUGAUUACAAAACAUAACGACGAUGAACAAUACAUUUGGGAAUCUGCUGCUGGUGGUUCUUUUACAAUCACUCGUGACACAAUCAAUCCUCCUCUUGGUCGCGGUUCUGAAGUUAAAUUGUUUCUUAAAGAAGAUCAACUUGAUUAUUUGGAGGAACGUAAAAUAAAAGAAGUUGUCAAGAAACAUUCUGAAUUCAUUGGUUAUCCAAUCCAACUACCAAUUUGGACGCGUAAUCCUGAUGAUAUAGAACAUGCAGAUUAUGCUGCCUUCUAUAAAUCAAUAACUAAUGAUUGGGAAGAACAUUUGGCUGUUAAGCAUUUCUCUAUUGAGGGCCAACUUGAAUUCAGAGCACUUCUUUUUGUUCCAAGUCGUGCUCCAUUCGACUUAUUUGAGACUAAAAAGAAACGUAACAAUAUCAAACUCUAUGUAAGGCGUGUGUUCAUUAUGGAUGAUUGUGAAGAGUUGAUACCCGAAUACCUUAAUUUUGUUAAGGGUGUUGUAGACUCUGAAGAUCUGCCCCUAAACAUUUCACGUGAGACGCUUCAACAAAACAAAAUACUUAAAGUUAUUAGAAAAAAUAUCGUAAAGAAAUGUUUAGAAAUGUUUAGCGAAAUUGCCGAAGAUAAAGAGAAAUUUGCCAAAUUUUACGAAGCAUUUUCUAAAAACAUUAAACUUGGCAUUCAUGAAGAUUCACAAAAUCGAGCUAAAUUAGCUGAACUCCUUCGUUUCAAUUCGACAAAAUCUCCUAGUGAACUAACGUCAUUAAAAGAUUACGUUACAAGAAUGCCUGAAAAACAAAAAUCAAUUUAUUACAUCACUGGUGAAAGUCGUCAAGGAGUUGAAAACUCGCCAUUUGUUGAAGUUCUCAAGAAGAGAGGUCUUGAAGUAUUGUUUAUGACUGAUCCAAUUGAUGAAUACUGUAUUACACAACUUAAGGAAUAUGAAGGCAAAAAACUUGUUUCUGUUACAAAAGAAGGCUUAGAACUUGACGAGGAUGAAGAUGAGAAAAAGAGACACGAAGAAGAGGCGAAACAAUAUGAAAGUUUGUGUAAACAGAUUAAAGAAAUACUUGGUGAUAAAGUUGAAAAGGUUCUUGUUUCAAAUCGUAUUUCAGAAUCACCUUGUGUACUUGUGACAGGACAAUAUGGUUGGUCAGCUAAUUUUGAACGUAUAAUGAAGGCACAAGCACUUCGUGAUUCAAGUAUGGCGUCUUACAUGGCAUCAAAGAAAAUAAUGGAAAUCAAUCCACAUCACCCAAUCAUUAAAUCACUCAAAUCAAAAGUUGAAGCAGAUAAAAAUGAUAAAACAGUUAAAGAUCUUACAUGGUUAUUAUUUGAAACCUCACUUUUACAAUCUGGAUUUAGCUUGGAAGAGCCAUCAUCGUUUGCCAAUAGAAUCUUUAAAAUGAUUAAACUUGGUCUUGAUAUUGGUGAUGAUGAUAACGAUGACAAUCGUGUAGAACCCAUGGAAAUUGAAAAGGACUCAACUGAGGCAGAAGCAUCUCACAUGGAGGAAGUUGAUUAA